AUGCUAAGUGAUCAGUCGGAAGGUAGUUCUACUGUCCUGUCGGCCUCAUUUGAUCUAAAUCGUCUACGUUAUUUGCGAAUCCUACAUUAUUUGACGGUUCAUAAGAAUACUGAGAUAAACCCUGCGGUCCGUGUACAUUUUAUUGACCUAAACGACCCAGUUGACGCCGAGCUGGACGUUUGGUGCCCUGCAGAGUUGUUUCGUACCUGUGCUCCAGCAGAUAGUUCCACUGGCGUGUUGUGUGUACGAAAUCUGAAAACCCCACUCGGUACACUGGAAAAAGCUCGUCUUCGUGCGGCAGAUAUCCUUGCGGUCGAGAUCAAUCCGCGCAUUCCUUUAAAUCCCUAA